GAGAGAGAGACAAGGAGGGAGUCCGUCCACUUGUACAAUUUUUAAACGACAAAUACGUUCAAGGCUUUAAGCCUCAACGUGAAUCCCUCCACCAACCCUCAACUCCAACCCCAACCCAACCAAAAAAUUGGACUUCAACAAUAUGCUCCGAUGCGCGGACCAUGUGGUGUUUGCAAGACUAAUAGCAUCAAAAGGAGGGAGCACUGCUACUGAAAUCCUGGGCCACUGAGCAGUGUAAAAAUGAAGCCCCACAUUCACCGUUCCACUGACUUCAGCUCAAGACCACUUCUCCACUUUAAUACUCAGAAGAGGAGGAGUCCUGUACCCCGUCGUUGCGUCUUCCCUGAUGAAAUUUCAUUCAACAGCCGCCAGCUUCGCGCUUUCAGGCUGGAGCAUGGCCACGUCGGAGUCUCCGUCCGUUGUCGUCAAAUUCCGGUGGACCAUGGCGAAUAUUCUGGGCCUAGAAGGCGUGAUGUUCUUGUCGCGCCUCUCCUGGCUGUUGGCGCCUGCGUUCUACGGUCGGCAGUGGCCAGAGCGGAUGAGAAGCCUCCGGAGGUAGCUCCCACUGCGACUGUUACGCCAGAAGCGCAGCUGGAGGCGCCCGUGGAGGAGGUGAUUAAUUCGAGGAUUUACGAUGCGACAGUGAUGGGAGAGCCGUUGGCGGUUGGGAAAGAUAAGACGAAGGUAUGGGAAAAGGUGAUGAAUGCUAGGAUAGUUUAUUUAGGUGAAGCUGAGCAGGUGCCUGUUCGCGACGAUAGGGAAUUGGAGCUGGAGAUUGUGAAGAAUUUGAAGAAAAGAUGUGACGAGGCAGAGCGGCGGAUUUCCCUGGCUUUGGAUGCAUUUCCUUCUAACCUACAAGCUCUGCUCAAUGAAUAUUUGGAUAAAAAGUACUAUUUCCAUCUUUCAAUCAGUCUGUCUUACUGACUUUUGUUAGUCUGCUAGUUAUGAAACUCUGUACUGUGCGGAAGUGCUGUAAAUCAUUUGUGUUUGAGAUCCGUACAUUUGCUUUGAAGGUUUGUUAUGACGGGAGAGAGUGGAUCAAUUACACCUGUUCUAGCUACUAGCCUGCGUCGUUCAUCCUUUGAGAAUAUAAAAUGCCUAACUCGUGCGCUCUUUGUGAAGUAUGCUUGGUUUGUUAACUCUCCUGUACGCGUUAUGAUUGAUGGAGAAACCCUCAAAUCUUUUCUUAGACACUGGCCUCCUGAGCGCUGGCAGGAAUAUGAACCUCUGAUCAGUUACUGCCGAGAUAAUGGAAUUCAGCUGGUUGCGUGUGGCAUUCCACUUGAGAUCUUAAGAACAGUUCAAGCUGAAGGAAUUCAUGGACUUUCUAAAGCUGAUCGGAAAAAGUUUGCGCCACCAGCCGGUUCAGGCUUUAUCUCGGGGUUUUCUUCAUUCUCACGCAGAUCACCAAUGGAUACAAAUUAUGCAUAUCAAUCUACUCCUUUUGGGCCAAGUUCAUAUUUAUCGCUACAGGCAAAAGUGGUUGAGGAUUAUACCAUGUCUCAAAUUAUCUCGGAAGCUGUGACAGAUGGUGGAGCUGUGACAGAUGGUGGAGCAACGGAUAUGCUAGUUGUAGUGACAGGUGCAAGCCACGUUACAUACGGAUCAAGAGGGACUGGACUACCUGCUAGGAUUUCAAGGAAGAUGCCAAAGAAAAAUCAAGUUGUCAUUCUGCUUGACCCUGAAAGACAGCAGAUACGGAGAGAGGGAGAAGUUCCUAUUGCUGAUUUCUUGUGGUAUUCUGCUGCGAGACCUUGCAGUCGGAACUGCUUUGAUCGUGCAGAAAUAGCCCGAGUGAUGAAUGCUGCUGGUAAAAAGCGCGAUGCAUUACCCCAGGACCUUCAGAAAGGACUUGAUCUUGGUCUGGUAUCUCCAGAAGUGCUACAGAACUUUUUUGAUCUAGAGAAAUAUCCUGUUAUUUCAGACUUGAGUCAUCGUUUUCAGGGCUUUAGAGAGAGAUUAUUAGCAGACCCCAAAUUUCUGCAUAGAUUAGCUAUAGAAGAAGCUAUAUCGAUAACAACCACACUCCUGGCGCAGUAUGAAAGGCGUAAAGAAAAUUUUUUUUAUGAGCUUGAUUACGUCAUCACGGACACACUGAGGGGAUCGGUUGUUGACUUUUUCACAGUGUGGCUUCCUGCCCCGACACUCUCAUUCCUUUCAGUUUCUGAUGGUUUUAGUGGACCUGAUCGCAUGGAAGCAUUAAAAGGUCUUCUUGGUUCUAUCCCAGAUAAUGCUUUUCAGAGAAGUCCAGCUGGGAAGGACUGGAAUUUGAUUCAUAGAGUUGCUUCAGUACUUAUUGGUGGUCUGAAACUAGCAGGAGUUGGAUUCAUAUCUAGCAUAGGAGCUGUAGCUUCAUCGAACGUUGUAUAUGCAAUGCGGAAAGUACUAAAUCCUGCCCUUGCUGUCAAACAUCCAAUUAAACGCUCACCAAUACUGAAAACAGCAGUUGUAUAUGCAUGCUUUCUUGGAACAUCAGCGAAUCUCCGAUAUCAGGUUAUUGCAGGGCUAGUGGAGCAUCGGAUUUCAGACAAAUUUAGUGAUCAAGCAUUUCUUGUAAAUAUGCUAUCUUUUGUUGUUCGAACGAUCAACUCCUACUGGGGAACCCAGCAAUGGGUUGAUCUAGCUAGAUUCACGGGACUUCAGGCUCAGAAGAAUGAAAAGGUUUCAUCUGAGACAUCAGAUUCUCCUGAACCUGCUGCAUUGGAAUGUAAUGCUCCAGAAGAUGCCAACAUUGAUGAAAUCAACGAGCAAUAGAUGGAAACCCACAACAGCCCACUGCAUGGGCUUCUUAUACAACCUUAAAGAAAUGAGUUUCAAUAUUUCCAUCGUUUUGCUUCCAGACCAAGAGUAUCUGGCGCAUCUAUUAGAGUUUUGCACUUCAUAAAAUUCAAUAUAGGGCGAGUGGGAAGAACUUCUUUUCAUGGAUUGUGCUGUUUAUUGGUGCUCCAUUGUUGAAAAUACCCGCAAAAAAAAGAAAAAGCCAGAGAAAAGUGGGAGGAUUGAAACUAUAAUUUUACUUAUAAUAUAUAGGGCAACCUUUAUAUCACAA